CGGUACAGCCCACUGGACGGCCCAUGUCAGCGAGGCGGGACGUGGGGAGUGGUCAGACAGACAGCUUUCUUCUUCCGUGACUUGUGAGUUUGUGUAGUUCGCUUCUUUUACUUAGGAUCCCGUUGUUUGGAAAAAUGGUGAAGUACAUUACGUCAAAGGCUGAGUUUGAUGCCGAACUGGCGGCAGCCGGGGAUAAGCUGCUUGUGAUCGAUUUCACCGCUGCAUGGUGUGGCCCGUGCAAAAUGAUAGCUCCUGUAUUUGAGAAAAUGGCAGCAGACAUGAAAGAUUGUGUUUUCCUGAAGGUGGAUGUCGAUGAUGCUGAAGAACUAACUGCGUUUUGUGAAGUUAGCAGCAUGCCAACAUUCGUGUUCUUCAAAAAUGGCGCACAGGUUGAGAAGUUUUCAGGUGCUAAUGCUGAUAAGCUCAAGGAAACUGUUAAAAAGCACUCAAAAAAAUAAAAUGAAUACAUUAAAUGCAUUCCCGGAUCAUUGGGUUAUAGUCGGUGUAAAAGAUUUGGCAUAUGUUAAAAUCUGUCAGCUAUCCAAUAUGCAACUUGCUUCAAUAUAAAUUUGAUGGAAACUGCC